UAGUGCAUCCUGCCACUUUUGGAUUCCAAGCUCAGGAUUAUGUAAACGAACAAAAUUCCACAUAUAAAAAGAUGAAUAUACGACCAUUCACUACUAAGAAAAAAAUGUCUAAUGCCAAAUAUUUCAUAAAGUUUUCUACAAAAUAUCCAAAUCCCUUUAAUUACUUUUACAGCAAGAUUCGACUAGGAACAUUUACAUAUGAUAAGUCUAUAGAGUAUAUGGGCUAUCAAAAAGCUCUUGCGGAUUUCAUAAAAAAUGAUUUUCCCAGAAAAAAACAACUUAUAAAAGCAAGACGCGACUGGCCAUUA